AUAACGAUUUUUUUUAUCUAUUAUUACAUAAAAUAGUCACAAUGAACUUAGAUAUAAAUAGUAUUUUCCACCUGUUACUGUUUAUUACUUCCCUGUUGGAUUUAAAGUGCACAAGUCCUUUUAGAAACAGAUAGACAUAUGUCAUUAAUCCGUUUCAUUCUUUAACUAUAAGACUUCCAUGGAUAAUAAUGGUACAUGUAGUUAUAUGUUUUGGAUUUGCCAAAAAUGAAUAAACCUAAAUUCGCCUAGAAAUUAGAGAGAACGAACCAUGUAUGUAUGUUACUGAAGAAUCAGAAUGCUAUACGCAUGGGAAACAUUAUACUGCAUGUUAUUUACAUCAAAGUAGUGUUUUUAUAGUAUGGGAAGACGAAAAACGUACAAUGUUGCUGAAUGUUCGAAUUAUGAAAGACAAAUAAAUCCAGAAGAAGACAUGGAAUAUACAUACUGGUGUUGUUUUUCACGUAAAAAGAAAAAAAGAGCCGAUUGCAACAACGUAACAGCGACUUCGAUUUGGAGCGAGACAUUAAAAGGUCAAACAAGAGAUCAAAGAACAGACAAACAAGUUCAUCAUGAAGAUACGCAAGUGACAAUAGAUAGUUUGAAAAGAGAGUUAGAAGAUUGUAAAAAAGAUCUUAUACAGUGUCAUCAAGAAAAGAACGAGCUUGUAUUACGAUUGAGUGAAUUGAUGGGGAAGCAGUUACAAGAGAACAAUCCCCAAAUUACUAAUCUAAAUGAUCCAAACAGACCACAGAAGCUAGCUGAAAUGCUUGGUGAUAUAUAUGACAACGAAUGGCUAGAUGCUUUUACUGGUCUGCAGUCAAAAGAUGAGAAACUAGAUGAACAAAGCGCAGUUGAUAUCCUUUUAAAUCUCUUGAAGGUUAUAUAUGAAGAAACAUUAGACCAGGUUGGUAAAUUCUCUAGUCACAUUCAGGAAUGGUUUGUCUGCAACCAGCAAUGUCCUCGUAGUCGUAUUUUAGAGUUUUUGGUUUCGAUAUCUUCUUGUGUCAUUCAUCAUUUGCAAAGAGAAAUCGAAAAGGUGCUUUCUGCAAAAUCAAAAGACAGUAGUAUAUCAAUAUGUACUAACUACAUACAGCGGUGUAUUGAAAUGUGUUUUUACAUGAGGAUAAAGUCACCAGAAAUGUAUUUGCAAUUUGACAGUGCGAUAAACAACAUAGACAAGACUUACUUCAAACCUUACACUAAAGAUGGCGAUAUAUUAGAUUUUGUCGUUUGGCCAGCACUGUUCUUAUUCAAAGAAGGUCCAUUAAUGAACAGAGGAGUUGUUCAGUGCAAGUAAUUAUUGUGUCGAUAUUGUUUUUGGCAGGAUGAUAAUUCGGAGUAAUAAUGAUAAAAGGUGCAAUGAUAAGCAAAUGAUCUAGUAUGUUAUAUAUAUAAUGUAUUUGUUAAAAAAUAAAUAUUUAAAAAAUAAUAAAUAAAUGGAAUCUCA